UGUUCAUUAGAUUAUUUAGUUUGCAAAGUGCAUAAAACAUGAAAAAUGUAUUAAAAUCGAUUUAUAUUCGAGGCUUGGUACAGCUAAUAAAUCCGUGACAUUGACAGUUAUUAACUAGGACUUUGACAAUCAAUUUGACGUCUACUUUGAAACGAAACGAGCAAGUAGCGACGACUGAGCGAGAGUAAAACGAAACAAAAUGAAAAUCGUGAUUUUUGGAUCCACUGGCAUGACUGGCCUCUGCGCAGUCGAGGCAGCCAUUAAAAAAGGCUACCAAGUCCGCGCUUUCGUCAGAGACGAAGCGAGGAUGCCAGCCGAGCUGAAGGACAAAGUAGAGCUCUUCGUUGGCAAUGUCCUGGAGCCAGACUCCGUGGCUGAUGCCGUCGACGGCAUGGACGGUGUGGUGGUAGCCCUCGGCACCAGAAACUCCUUGGAACCUACCUCAGACAUGUCUGAAGGCACGAAGAACAUCAUAGAGUCCAUGAGAGCUAAGAACGUCAAACCUUUGUCUGUUUGUCUGUCCGCUUUCCUGUUCUACGAGCCUGAGAAGGUCCCUCCAAGAUUUGUGGACCUGAAUGAGGAUCAUAAGAGGAUGUAUGAAGCUGUGAAGGAUAGCCCUCUCAACUGGAUCGCAGUGUUCCCUCCUCAUAUCGCUGAUGAGCCGAGCCGCGAGGUGACGGUGACCAUCAACCCUACAAGUUCUCCUGGCCGCUCCAUUUCAAAGAGAGACCUGGGCACCUUCCUCGUAGAGUCUCUAUCUGAACCCAAAUACUUCAAAUCUAUCAUCGGUAUUGCUAAUAAGUAGAUAUCUUUUAUUUAUAUGUUUAAGUAGCUGACUGGACUAAGAAGGUAACUGUAUUAGUGCCAUUUACAACUCCAAUUUUUGCGCCGCUAGAGGCGCUGGUGUCGCGUUAAAUCCAUUGACUGUGUCAUUCAUUGCACAGUCAUUUAUUGAAAAUUAUGGAAGUGUUUACGCUGCAUUAGUGCCCUUAUGAACGCACAAAAGACAUCGUCAUUGAUUUAUGUGUAAAAUAUAAUCCAUAUGAAGUUUUGUACAAAUGAAUGGGCCCAAGGUCAUUUAUGUAGGUAUAUAAUACCGAAAAAUAUAAAAAGAAAUGUAAAAUCGUGAAUUAGCACUUUUGGAAUGUCAUAAUUUUUGCUUAGUAGCAUUAUAUGGCGAUAAAAGGAUUUCGUAAUAUCACGAAUUAAUAGAUAACAAAGAUAUGUAUUUAUAAUAAUUAAAACAAAGUAUCGCUCUAUGAACUAUCACUGAGAAUUUUAUCAACUUCCCUAGACUUCUUAGUCCAGUAUUAAUUAAAAAAAGAAAUAAUUAAAAAUAUGCAAAUUACUUUUUGAACGAUUUUACAAGAAUGUUAACAAUACAUUGUUGUACCUCUGAUAAAGGUCUCCAUUAAUUAAUUUCUUAACAUGUGUUGGAUGACGACAUUUGAAAAAUGUAUAUUCAUGAUCCCUGUGUCACGUGUUUAAUAUGUUUAUUUAUACUAUAAAAUAAUAAGGUAAAAUGGAUUCCCGAAAUUGGUGCAUUCAUAGCAUACAUUCAAAUGUUAUGUAUGUUCCAUUCAAAUCAAUAACAGAGAUUUCAGACAUUUAGCAUAAUUACAUUAACACAUUUUGAAGAAUGCUAGUUCCAUUUCCAUGAGUUUAUUGUCCGGUACAAAACAUUAAUUUAAAGUAUAAUUUCUUAUCAUUAUAUUUGCAUUUAAAUUGUUCGGGUCCAUUACAGUGUUGAUGUGAUCAGAGUAGAAUACAGAUAUUGUGCUGCAUUAGAUAUUGUUAUAAACAAUAAAUGCAACAAAUACCUCAUUUUAAGGAUACUAAUGUAAAACAAAUAUUUUGUUGGUAAUAAAUUUUUUAAUCGUU